AAUAAUGCCGACAAUAAGAAUCAGAUCGACGACAAUGUAUCUUGAAUAUUCCAUGGAACAGACGAGAUUUCUUUGAGAAGCUUUCGCAUGGACAAAUGGCUCCAAGAUAGGAAGCUUUGGCUUUUCGGUAGCACACUACCUUUGCUACCAAGGAGUUGCAGAUGCAACUAAAUGGAUGCAAUUGCAGAGCCGUUGAAACGUUUUUAAUUAACACCUUAACCUUUCAAUGGUAGCGAUGCAUUUUCUGCCGAUUUAAAGUUGAUACCGUUUUAAAUGUUUAAUGAUAGCGCUGCUAAAUUAACAAAUACCUGAAACCAUUGAUUUUGGUUAUAUUAAAAAGACACGAAUAUGCUGAUGAAGUGCUUCCACUUGUCUCGAUAUGGUCAACGAUUUAAGAUUCGCAAAUUAUCGGCAGCAUGUGCCACUUUGGUCACGCGCGCCGAGCAAGGCGAUGGAACGAUACGAACGACUAGCGCGUCUUGGAGAGGGUAGCUACGGUGUAGUCUUCCAGUGUAGAGAUCGGCAAACUGGAAAAUUGGUAGCUGUAAAAAAGUUCCAACAAACAGAAGAUGAUCCUCUUAUACGCAAAAUUGCCCUACGUGAAAUAAGACUCCUUAAGAAUCUUAAACAUCCAAAUCUGGUCAAUCUUCUGGAGGUCUUCAGGCGGAAACGGAAAUUACAUCUAGUCUUUGAAUAUUGCGAGUAUACGUUAUUAAAUGAGAUGGAGAGAUAUCCGAGUGGGUGUCCGGAAAUCACUACAAAACAGCUCACAUGGCAAAUACUGCAGGGCAUCGCAUAUUGCCAUCGAUUGGGUUGCGUUCAUAGAGAUGUAAAGCCGGAAAACAUUUUAAUCACAGGCGAUGGCGUGGUAAAAUUAUGCGACUUCGGUUUCGCUCGAAUGCUCAGUCCUGGUGAAAAUUACACAGAAUAUGUCGCAACUAGAUGGUACAGAGCACCUGAGUUAUUGGUCGGAGAUACUCAAUACGGUACACCAGUUGAUGUAUGGGCAAUCGGUUGUGUUUUCGCAGAAUUAAUACGUGGAGAAGCACUAUGGCCAGGAAAAUCAGAUGUGGAUCAAUUAUACUUAAUUCGAAGAACUAUCGGUGACUUAUUACCAAGACAUCUAGCUAUUUUUCAGCAAAACGAAUUUUUCGCUGGUAUAAUUUUACCAACACCUCAAACUCUUAUUCCUCUCGAAAUUGUUCUACCAAAGAGAGGCAAUACAAUUUUACAACUUGACUUUCUCAAAAAGUGCUUGGAUAAAGAUCCUGAUGAAAGAUGGUCCUGUGAACAACUUUUACAACAUCUUUAUUUUGAGAAUUUUCAUUUCAAAAUGCCUGAAGCGGAAAUGGAGGAAUUUGAAAAACUUAAAAAAAAUCGGGAUCGAUCACAAAAUAGUAAUAGCAAUGAAAUGGUAUUACCACAACUUCCUAAGGCUGGUGCUUCGGUACACAGUCAAAAUGAAAAUCGGCCGAAAAGCUCCUCCAUGAAUUAUCAACAGAAUUUUGAUCACCUGCCUACUAUUAAAAGGUUCUAAUUAAGCUCCUCUGUGAUUGUAAUAUAUUUAUAUGUAUAUAUAUACAUAUAUAUUUAUUUAUCUAUUUAUUUAAACUUUAUAAACUUUCAUUAUAAAUUAAUAAUUGUUAAUAUAUUUUAUUUUUAU